UAUUCCUAGGUUUUCCACAGAUUGGUUGGAAGUUGAUCUAUUUCUUCCUACAUUUUUUUUUUAUAUACAAUCUAAAUAUGGUAACUAGCCACAUGUGAUUUAUUAACCGAACCGAAAACACAACAAAGUGAUUAAAUUACCUUAUUCUAAUCGAAAGCUGAAUUUGGAAAUUUACAAGACUUGAAAUAUUUAAAAGACAUGUCAGCGAUUUCAGAAAACUCCACUGGUGACCUGCCGGAGGAUCGUUCUACGGUGCUUCUGCUCGGCGUCACCAGGAUACCGACCUCACCGUUGCCGGCCCGUCGUCCCUGUACCCUCCCCCUCGACCCCAACCCUCCCCUAUCACCACUUCCCGCAGACGCUUCCCAAAAAUCGUCGGCGCAGGCACGCCGAACGUCGUUUUCGACGAGGCGACAACAGGUCGCCAGGAGAAGUUCGUCGGUCAAACGGCGGACCGAAAACGUAGAAAGCAGCGACGAUUUGGGGAAAUGCUCCCGGGAAUACUCUGCCGACGCUACAGUCACACCUUCUAAUUGCGCUUCUUGUAAUGAAAACGCUUCCGAAACGGUGAUGGACCGAUCUGUGGACUCCAUCGGGACUUGCUCCCUCGACGUAGAGGCCUCUGCUGAUCUCUCAGAUUGGUCUGAAGCCUCAUCUGGUGGAACGCUUCGAAGUGCAAGCCUGAAAACACCUUCAAGUGAACAUCAUUUGCCUUCAUAUUUGAGUUUAGCCUGUACGGUCAACGGGUAUUCAACCACAACUAAUUACGAUCCUGGUCGUCUUGCUCGAUCACGUGACGCAUCACCGCAUCGUCUUGACCAUGACAAUUUAACACCGAAAAACGUUCCAGCCUAUUCCAUCCAAAACAAUCUAUUGUCACCCCCAAAUCUAGUUCCUUUACCUACUCAUAUAAAACCCAAGAUGACUGACAACACCUUGACACAACAGUACCAGAGCACCAAAACCAUGGCUUUUCAAAAGCACAGCGAAUCUCAUUUUGCUGCUAAUUUAUUUAGUAAAGAUACGAUUGACGCUUGUUAUGAUCAUAAACACUUGAAAAAGUGCGUUACGUACGAAACAAAGAGCUUUUCAAGCACCGUUAAUGGCCAAACUAAAUGCACUUUAGAGUCCACAGUUAAGGAAUACUCAUCAAACAAUACCGAAACUAAAUCUUUCAUUCAACAGAGGGUAGAGCGCUUGUAUGGUCCAGGAGCUUUAGCGCAGGGAUUUUUUGUGAUGAAGCGUCAAAAACACCACGAAUCUGAAUCGGAAAGUGACACUUCCGUAGUGGAUGUUAGUAAAGGAGAGAAUGAGACAAAUGAAUCACCAAUGAAACAGAGUACUAGCAGUCCCGCUUUACCAGUUUUAAGGCAUCUAAGACCUGAGUUUAGAGCUCAGCUUCCUAUUAUUAGUAUGAGGAAAGGGAUGGAAAAUUCUAUGCAGAAAAGCAGCACUGUACCAACUUUAAAAGAAGAAUCUAAGAUCAAUGGACAUUCUAAGCAAAUUGCGAGUAGCGAAGGUGAUAACAUUGCCAAAUCCACAAUUACCGAAGAAUCAGGUGAAAAGGACGGUCACUACUUUUUGAAAAUACUGCAGAAUGAAACAAAUCGACUUUUAAAGUUGGCAGACAACGUAGAACAUGAUUUAGAAAACAAUGAACUCUCAGAAGAAAUAGUGGGAAAAAUACGUUCGGCAUCAGGGAAAGCCCGUCUCUUGGUGUCGCAAAAAAUGCAGCAAUUCAAAGGCUUAUGCACAAAUAAUAUUACUCAGAGUGAAAACGAAGCUUUUCCAACUACCAAUGAAGAUUUACAAGGAUUUUGGGAUAUGGUGAUGCUCCAAGUGGAUCAGGUGGAUGCUUUAUUUAAAGAAAUUGAAACGUUAAAGAACAAUAAUUGGACAGAGAUCAAGCAAGAACCUGUAAGCAAAGCUUCUACUAAUGGAAAAACUCGAAAAGUAGUCAAUAGAGUGAAACCAACGUCCACAGUCAAUGAAGAAGCUCGAAAAAAGCGCGAAGCUCAAAGGAAACAAAUGAUUGAAGAACGACGAAAAGCUAUGAAAGCUCAAAAUAAGCCCGUAGAAAGUAUAGAAAUAUUUGUGCCUGAAACAAGCUGAGAUUUAUCAAACAUUUAGAGUAUAUUAAUGAACAAAUAAAUUAUUUAUGGGGUUUUUUAUCUAUAUUUACUGACUCCGUUAAUAUUUUGUGAAAUUUAUCUAGAAAAUAGUUCAUGUUGGUGUAAAACGUUGCUUAAAAUUACGUGAGCAUUAAUUUUUACUCGCUGGAUUUUAUAUUACAUGGAUACAAAUAUCUGAAUCUCACUUCAUAUCCUUAUAUACAAAUGUUCGGAUAUUUGUAAACGUGGCCAAGUUUUUGAAAAUGCGUCACAAUUUCUUGUUGAAUUGUAUUAUGUAUCUCUAUGUUUAACUUGCACUGAUAAAUUCAUGCCAAGACUGAGUUUAAAAUUUACAAUCAGAUAGAUAGUUUACAAAAUAAAAUGUUAACCAAAUAACAAUAUAUAAAUACAAUAAUGUACAUUCCCAGUGGUCCUCACAUAACUGGUGUAAUUUAUUAACAACUUUUUACCCUUACCGUGUGUAUUUAAAAAAUUUAUUCCGUGGUUAUUUAUUACAUUAUGUGCUGAAAUAAUUGAACCAAUAAAAUCUGACUUACACGUGAAA